AUGAGUAGAGUCGCCGACCCCAGCAGUCUGCUGAUGGCCAACACCAAGAUUAUCUGGAGUCUUCUAGGGUUUGUCUUUGUGGUUCAAGUUAUAGAAGCGACAGUUGCACAGACACAAGUCGAGGUUAAUUGUGGCAGAGUAAGUUCCCUCCAGGUUGUGGUCGUAAAGUUUCGACAGCAUCCUUAAACAACGUUUCUGAUUUGUAGCUUUUUUGUAUUCUAACACAUUCCGCUCGAAAAAACGUAAGAUUGCAUUGUAAGAUAUCAUUUCCGGCAUUACAAUAAUCUGCUACCUCUAAAAUAUCAUCUUUAUGGCGCCUACGUUAAAAUCACGUCCAUUCUUGUAAUACAACCGUGAAAUUGUAAUUUCUUUUUCUUUCUUGUUAUCAGAAAUCAUAUAAAAAUAAAACCUUGCCCCCGGGGAUUUCCUUUCUUUAUGACUUCCCAGAAACGCUAGGUCAUCUUUUGAAUGGAAUAUUUUUAACAACUCUGCGGAUUACAGCAAAAAAUUAAGCUCAAGUCACUGGUACCGAAAUUGUUUAUUUUUGUAACCCAGAUUUACUUAGCGUUCCUUUGUCCUUAGGGAAAUUAGUGGGGCUUCUUACAACUUAAUGAAACCUCAAACGUGACCAGAGACUACUCCAUUACUCUCCUUUCUUUCAGAUUCUAGCCAACAACAAUUUGGACAAUGAGGAUAAGCAAUUACUCUGUAAGAUCUACCAGCAAUCAUCAUCCUUGGAGCAAUUGGGAGCAAUCGUGAGCGACUCUUUGGAGCGAUUUAUGGGAGAAGGUAGGCGGAGGGAAGCGGGAACGAGACCAACAAGGUCAAUGGGCCUUGAAAUGUUAAGAUAUUAAUUACCGACUUCUUGCAGCAACGGCCUUGGAAGAGGAGGCGCGGCCCAAGCGAAAACACGAAUAUCUUCGCUUCGGGAAACGGAAACACGAAUACCUUCGAUUCGGGAAGAGAAAGCACGAAUAUCUCCGAUUCGGCCGAAAAUAA